AUGCUGGGUAACGCAUGCGAGGCAUGCCGCUUGGAGCACGUAGACGACAACACGCUCCAGUCGCAUGUGUCUAAGAAUGUCAAGUGCAGGAGGAAGAUCCAGCACUCUCGUGCCCAGUGGCUGGUGGAGGCGUAUCGGGACGCGCUGCGCGCCAGGCGCGGAGCAAGGCCCCGUUCACCCAUGCGUUCUCGCCGCAGCUAUGAAGGCGACGCUGCUGAGAUGGCUGCAGUGGAACCGGCUGCAGUUACCGAUCAACCCGACCCUCCCGAAGGCGCAGAGGAGGAUAGUGACGGGGAUGAGAGUGUUAUGUCAGUGAUUGACGACGGCUUCAACACUCUGAUCGAGCUGUACAUCUUCUUCCGCGAGGCAGAUCUGUCCAGAAGGGAGGUGAACAGACUGCUUAACAUUUUCCAGAACCCUAAUUUCUCGCUGAGGGACGUGAGGCGGCGGCUCAAUUUCGUGGACGUGAGACGCUUUGGGCGCGACAAGGCGCCGCGUGAUCAUGUCCCAUGGAAGACGAAGGACAUCAAGUGCUAUGGCCCCAGAGGCUGGAUGUGUACGCUACUGCUGCACUACCGGGAUACUGAGCUGACCAGUGACCACUCGUGGGCAUGCGUGUGGCAGCUGGUGAAGAAACUGCUACGCGCAUUCCAGCACAUCGCCGGAUUUGUGACAAAGCCUCGGGCGGACGAGGAAGACACCGAGGAAGUGCGGCAUUACAGCACUCCCGACACGGGGAAGUGGCUGGAAGAAGCACAGGCCGCGAUUGGAGAUGAGGACUGCAUUGUGCUGGGUGUGAUUGUGUACAGCGACAAUACGCACGCCUCAAGGAAUGGCAGACUGGCUGCAUGGCCGGUCCUGAUCAGCUUGUUCAACAUCCCAGAAGCGCUCCGCUGGCAGGAGCUGGGCCACGUACUAGCUGGUGUGCUGCCGUUCCCGUCAGAGUGGGCGUCAUCUACCGAGAAGACGCGCAUCUUCCAGCAGUGCAUGGAGGUGAUCUUUGAGCCUCUACUUCGCGCGCACAGAGGGGCCGAGUUGCGAUGGUUUUAUGUGACGGACGCGACAGGCAAAGUGGUGAAGGCCUUUCCCUGUCUUUUCGGUCAGCUGGGGGACUUUCCAGAGUCGUCUCGGUCUACAGCGACUCUGCAGCAAGGGUCGGAUCGGCCGUGCUCUUCGUGCUACAUGAAGGAGACACAUCUGGCAGACCUGUCGCAUAAGUCGGUGACGCGGACGGUCGAGCUGCAGAGACGGGUCGUGGAAGCCAUUCAGUCGGCGGCCGGCAGCAAGGCGGCGGAGAAUAUCAAGAAACGAUGGUCAACACACCCUGUGCAGUGCUACUUGGAAAGAUGGAACUUUGCCGAGACCACGUGGGGAAACGUGUUUCUCGCAUGCGCGGCAGACCUUCUACACGUCCUGGACGGGGGGAUGCUGCCGCGCAUGGGCAAGUGCUUCAUGGUUGGGAAGAGCAAGCCGGAGAGGCGCGAGUUUGAGAGGCGGCGCAAGGAACAAAAGAAGGACACGCGCGCAAGCGUAGUGCGCAUCCCGGGGGGGACCACGUGGUUCAGCACAGGGGCGAACUAUGCCGCUUUCGAGCACAGGGGAAUGAUGCAAGUGAUUCCCCUGCUUAUCGCAGACAACAUGGAGAAGAGCAAGCAGCCGGCUAAGGCGAGACGGGAGCGGGAGGUGGCGGCUUUUGUGGCGUACGCCAGCUUCUACAAGGCGUUGGUGGGCGUGACAAAGCAUACCGAGAAGUCUCUGGACGACGUCCGGGAGAUGGCUGUGCGGAUGGUGGCGGCCAUCAAGGCCGCAUUCCCUGACCAGACGUCGGAGUGGAACAUCCCUAAGGUGCACCAGAUUGUGCACCUGAUUGACGGCAUACCACUGCGUGGUAUGCCGAACGAGACAUCCACCAACCUGUGGGAGCACACGCACAAGGGCACCAUGAAGGUGCCGGUCCGUGGCAGCAACUGGCACGACAUCCCGCGCCGAAUUGUCGAGGAGGAGGUGCAGCGCGAGAUUGCACGGGAGGUGGCGACAGAAGCGGGUGGAAACAGGCAGUAUGUGACGGCGAUGCGCGAGGUGAGCGUAUAG